GGUCAAUUUAAGCGGUCAAAUCAAAUGGCAGCUGACUGAUGGCCUUGACUGCAGUGUAUCUCAUUCGUUUGUAAUAAUUCCCAACAAUGACAUCGAAUAAUAUGUACAGAGUUGGGGAUUUUGUUUACUUCGAAGUUGCUGCAGCCUUACCUUAUCAGAUCAGGAAAAUUGAAGAACUGAAUAAAACUCCUACCGGUGCAGUAGAAGCCAAAGUAGUAUGUUUCUAUCGACGUCGAGAUCUAUCACUUAAUUUGGUACAACUGGCUGACAAGCAUCAAAAAGAAUUAGGAACUUGUGGUGAGGAUGCACAACCUGAGGUAAUGCACCAGAUCCACCACCGUGAAUUAUUUCUCUCUCGGCAUUUGGAAACUCUUCCUGCAACACAUAUCCGUGGGAAGUGCACGGUCACACUGCACACCGAGACGGAACCUUAUCAUAUCUAUUUGCUGAAGGAUGAUGCUUUUUUCUUUCAAUUAGUAUAUGAUCCGUUACAGAAAACUCUGCAAGCUGAUCAGGGAUCUAUUCGAGAAGGACCUCAGUAUCAAGCAGAGGUUGAAGCUUAUCACCCUCCAGACGAUUAUUCCGAUGAAUCUUCACAUGAACAGUUAGUCUGGAGACCGGACAAUGAUUUAACUCCAGCAGAUCUGGACUCAUAUCUUAUUUUAAUUCGAUCCUUGGCUACAUUGGGUAGAGCUUUUUAUCCAUCGCAUAUUCUCCGUCAGCCUUCUCUCUCAAUGUCCGCCGCUGCAGCUGCCAGAGAUACCACAUAUCAGUUUGCUUUAGAUACUUUACAUUCCGCCAAUUAUAAUAUCUCUCAAGCCCUUCAAAUGUUGGCUCCGAACGGACAGCCUUUGUUAAAGUUGGAUGAGAUGGAACAGUGGUCAGCCAGCGAAGGAAAUCUCUUCGAAGAAGCGUUGGAAAAAUAUGGAAAGUGUUUUUACGAAAUACAAAAUGACUUUCUACCAUGGAAAUAUCCUAAGAGUCUUGUAGAAUUCUAUUACAUGUGGAAAACUACGGAUCACUAUGUUCAACAAAAGCGUAUGAAGGCUAUUGAAGCUGAACAUCAUCUAAAACAGGUGUACAUUCCAAACUACAACAAACCGAAUCCAGCUGUUCUCUACCCGAUUACAUCUGAUUCUAACAACUCAACUUCUGGAUGCGAUGGCUGUUCUAAUCUCACGUCAACUUUGUGGUAUGCUCUUGGUCCAUCAACGCCUCCUCUAAAAGUGUGCGUAGACUGUUGGAAUUAUUGGAAACGGUAUGGUGACCUAAAGACUACAUCACUUUUAGAUAAGGUUUCCGAGUCGAUUUCUUCCAACCCAACCUCUGCUUCUAGCUCUGAUUCUAAUAUUCUGGGUGUUACAAAAUCUAAUACUCCAACAAGUGAUUCUCAAUCUCGUAAUAACUCAACCACUAUCUUGUCCGAUCAUUCAACAAAACCCAACGAUUUAGGAGUUCAUAAUUCUAAUGCCUAUUUGCUUGCAUCUAAAGUACGUACUAGUGUCAGCUUUCAUUUUGUUGCUAGUGUUACUUUACGAAUAGCGCGUCGAUUGUGUGUGACCUCAAGUCCACGGCGUCGAGCUCGCCAACCAUUCAAACGUCUUACAUUUUUGACCGGUUUCCAUAAAGAUGCUCUUCCAUUGUUGUCUAAACUUACUCCAGCUGAAUCACAUAAAUUAACAAAAAGAUUUCGAAAUAUGUGUUCUGCAAACAAAUCCAAACCCCGUGGAGUUGCCUUGCAUUCUUUAAUUUCUCGAUUAUUUCCAACUACGUGUAGUUCUUCUGAUGGAAUAAUGGACAAGAAACCUACUACUGAACCACUAUCGAUGAUUACAGAAAAGUUAACAAAUACCGCACCAGAAACUGCUCUCGAUCUAGCUGUGAAUGGUUUGGUGGCUUCAAACAAUCUCAAACGUCCUGCUUCUAUUCCUCAAAAUGAUGAAUAUUCAGAGACGGGAAAUAUUUCUGCGAAGAAGCCGAACGUGGAUAUUUCCGAUAAUGACCCUAACAUGGAAGUCAUAUCAAGUAAUCAUGGAGCUCUGAAUUUAGGUCCGAAACGUCGUUUUACUAUUGGCUCAGGUGUGGAUUGUGCCUCAACUUUGAUGUAUCGUGCUACACAAGCAAUUAAACGAUCGCGGCGUAAACUGUUAUCGUUAUCUGAACUUCGUCGAUUCGGUCGUCGUCCGUGGUUUGAGUUAACUGUUGAUUUACAUUCACACAAUAAUGGUCUACGCAAUGGUUCCUCUGCAAAUUUAAAGAAAACUGUUCAUGCAACUACAACUACUUCAAAUGCAGAAAGUGAUCGUCCAAGUCCUGGUAUUGUUACCUCUUCUUCAAAUUCACAUUAAAAUCACAAAGUUGUCUUCUUAUCCUUGUUCAAAAAUUAUAUAAUCAAGAAAGGAUUAUUUCAUUUAAUGCGCAUCCUUGACUCCUAACUUUUGGAUUAAUUCAGUGGGACAAUAAUACUGACGACAGCCGUGUAAAAGUUCUGUAUCCCAGUGUGUGGUUCUCACUGUCCAUUACACUGUUCACUGGGAUUUUCACAUCUUGUUGAAACAAAAGUGAUUUUCAUUGUCUCCCUAAUAUUUCAUUUUUUUCUUCGGUGUAUAGAAAUGUUGUAAUAUUUCUUUUCUUGCUGUCUUUAAUUUAAAGUUUAUGAUUAAAACAAAACAAAAAAUUUAUCCUUCAUCCUGAUUCAACUUUCUGUAUCUUUCUAUAUUUGCUCAUUAGGUUAUUUUAAUAAACUUGAAAUGUUUAGCUUACUCACUCAUUUGUUUGACAGAAUGCAUUUAAUAAGGUCAAGAACUGUUGGGAAAUGUAAGGUAUUAUUAACUUUCUGUGAACUCUUUCUUUCUAUUUUGUAAUGAGACUAUGAAAAGUAGCCUGUAUUGCCGAGACUUAUUCACUUGUUAAUUUUUGAGUCACAAAUAAUAAAUAUAAACUAGUGCAUCUCAACUUUCUCGUGUAGAUUUUUGUCAAUUAAGCAUGUGGUCACAUCUAACUUCUUAGAAGUCUGUGGAAUCACCGACUUGUUGAGAGAUAAAACAUAGAAGAGACUUGAGAUUAUGACUGGUUGUUUUGUAGUUGUAUACAUGCGAAUGUUGACUAGCGUUCCGCAAGUUACCC